GUUCCCGCACGCGAUCUACCCCAACUUCCCCCGGAGAUGUGCUGUGGUACAUGCCGCUCCCAGCUGAUUCGGUGGCUUGACGAAACCAUCGCGCUCAGGACGGGGGGAGCCACGGUGCCGGAGGGGGGCACGCAUUGUUGCGCGAGGGGCCGAACGGCGCUCCGGGGAGGGCGGGCGCGAGCCGCUGCGGAACCGGGGCGGUCACCGGCACCGGCGGGCGGGCGGCGCCGCCGCACGGAGCUGCGCGUCCCUUGCCGCUGCCUCUCCGCUCCCCUGCCCGCCCCAUCGGCAGGGUGCGGCCGGGCCCCCCCGCGCCCUCCCCUCCGCCGCCUCCCCAGUGGUGCCGCCCGGCUCCAGCUGACCGGCCUGGAAUCCCGGCCGGGAGCCGCGCGCCCCCCGCCCGCCGCCGCCCCGUGCCCCGGCCCCACCAUGGGAGACGCCGGCAGCGAGCGCAGCAAGGCGCCCAGCCUGCCCCCGCGCUGCCCCUGCGGCUUCUGGGGGUCCAGCAAGACUAUGAAUCUCUGUUCCAAAUGCUUUGCUGAAAAAAGAAAUCCACACAACGAAAAAGAUUUCCAGAAGAAACAGGCAGACGAUGACUCUACUCCCAGCACAAGCAACAGCCAGUCAGAUUUGUUCUCUGGGGAAACGAACAGUGACAACAGCAAUACCUCUCUAACCACGCAGGCCGCUAACUCCAACCAGCAACUCUUGACAGAACUGAAUGUAACUUCACCGAGCAAAGAGGAAUGUGGGCCAUGCACAGGUACAGCUCAUGCCUCGUUAACCACACCAACCAAAAGAUCUUGCGACUCAGAUUCACAGUCGGAGAGUGAGGCUUCUCCUGUGAAACGGCCACGGCUACUGGAUGACAGUAAUGACAGGCCUGAGGAAACCAGUCGAUCCAAACAGAAGAGCAGACGCCGGUGCUUCCAGUGCCAAACAAAACUGGAGCUAGUACAGCAGGAGCUGGGAUCGUGUCGCUGUGGUUAUGUGUUCUGCAUGUUGCACCGCCUGCCGGAACAGCACGACUGCACGUUCGACCACAUGGGCCGCGGGCGCGAGGAGGCCAUCAUGAAAAUGGUGAAACUGGAUCGGAAAGUCGGGAGAUCUUGCCAACGCAUUGGCGAAGGAUGUUCCUGAGUGCAAGACUGCAACCAAAUGCUGUUCUCUUAGUUCACUAAUGUUAGCCUUAUUUAGGACAAAGUCAGCCAGACACCUUGUACUAGGCAAGUUUCAGACUACAGCCAAUCAGUUUCCUUUCUUUAGCCAACCGUCCUGGUACUGUAGUUUAGGGAUUGAUGGUGGUUGAAAUUGAUCUCUGGCUGGUUACUAAGGUGCCUGCUAGCCACCGUAUAAAAAUAAAACAUGAAGAAAUAUUAUUUUUGAGUAUGGCUAGUGGAUUUAAACAAAGCAAGAAAAAUCCAAAGGCUUCUGUUAUUGCUGGAGUCACUCUAAAAGCCUUAUGCUGGAAACAUUCCAGCUGCAGAGUUAAAACAAAUAGUUGUAUAGAAGCUGGUGUAAAAGUUUGCUAUGCACAUGGCUUUCGGACAAACUGUUUAAUGUGCAGCCUUUCACCUCUUCACUGCUACUGAAUCCUGAGGAGGUGAAAUACUACUUGGAGCAGCAACUGCAGCUGCAUAAGCCCAGAAGACCUGACUGGUCACUCGUGCCUUCAUCGCGUGUGGCUUUUGAGUUAGGCAGUGUCACCAGCAUCAGGGAUUCUGUUGGGGCAGGAACACCUUUCUGGUUCUUCCCAGGAAGCCAAAAAGAAAGGGGGACAGAGAUUCUUAUGAAAAAUUUUUAUAUGUAUCUUACUAUAAAGAACCUAUCAGGGUUGGUUUUUUUUCUUCUUUUUUUUUUUUUUCUUUCUUUCUUCUCUGUUAAAUUAUGAUCUCUCUUUAAAGCCAACUCCAUCCUGGAGCAGUAAAUGGUGCAUAAUUUCUUACAUGGCAUCCACAGAGAUUCUACGCGUUGUGUGAACAGAUUCCACAUACCUUGAACAGUGCAGCCGUUCCCACUGGCUGAAACCUGAUUGGCUCUUGUUUGCCUUUUGCUAAGUGCAGGUAUCUGAUGAUUGAUCAAAUAAGGCUAAUUCACAGCACAGUAGCCAUGGCUGGAUUCUACAGACUGACUUUCUGUAGCUAGACUUACAUAUUGGGGAAAAAAGGACAUUUUGUAGCAAACGGAAUUCAGUAACAGUAUUGGGGAACAACCUAUAAAACAAACACCCUUUGUCAGAGUGAGUUUGUGUUCCUCACGUUCAGAGUGUCAAUGAGAUAAUCAAAGGGGCCCCAUCAGCCCUCCUUCUAUGCAGCUGAACGCGCCCACGAAAAUCCCUGCCCGCAAAGUGAGUAUAGCAAGUGGAUGUGAAAAGCAUUACCUGGAUAGAACGUGCUGGACCUGGUCAGAGCUGUGGUUCUGUCACGGCGGGUCACGCUGAGCUGAGCCGAACCGCACCAGCUUUGGCACUUUGGAAACACAAAAGUAAACACCGCGACCGCGCUGUCUGCUGCUGCACACGGGGCUUGUGCAGGUAAAAAUGAUUCGUGCCGAUGUCGCCCAGCUUAAUCCUGAAUGAGUUUAACUUCCCAGUCGAUUAGUAAGGUGUUAACAAGUGGGUGAAUCUGUAAGAAAACCUGAGGGAGGGAUUGACUUUGUCUCAUCUUCAAAUACUGGGCAGAUCUGAAACAUGGGGGGUGAAGUAACCUGUCACUUGGAAAACCCCAGCUUGUAAGAGUCAUCCUCAGUUCUACUUGUUACAGGUAAUUAACUCCUUAUAGGCCAAAUUAUACUGUUACUUUGGUAGCCAGUUAUGAUCAUUUAACAUGAGACAACUAAUUUAAAAAAGAAUACAUAUAUAUAUAUAUAUAUAUAUAUGUCUCUCCACACACACACUCAGCAUCUGACUGUAUUAGCAUUAACCAUGAAGCAAAUCAGAAGUGUCCCAUCAUUGUAAAUGCAGGCUGGCUGGAAGGCAAGCUGGUUUGUUUUUUUUCCUUGUUCUUAUUCAAGAAUAUGAACCAGCAGCAAAGGCUUCUGUAGGGGGCUGCAUUUUCAGGAAGUGGUCCUGGUGAGAAGGACUGUCCAAGGAUAUUAUUUACAUUUGCUAUGAGGAGUUUUAAAAAAACAUGGAUUUUGGCGGCUGCUGUGAUACGCACUUUCUUUUCCUACAAAAUCCUAUCCUAGCAUUUGAUGGGCAUUCUGAUUGAUAAACAAGACUUUUCUGCAUUAAUACUGAAGAUGCUAUUUUGUUCCUCCUUAAUAUUCUCUUUAAUCUCAUUACAAGUGCACAGACGGUUUCAAGGUGGCUCUUGAGAGGACACUACUUCAAGUUCAUGUGAAUUAUGGACAAUGUUCACUUUAAAUAAAAAGUUGGGGAGGGGGUUGUUCCUUUGCAGUAUCUGUUCUGUGAAGUUUGUUAAACGUAAAGAAAGCUUAAGUUCUUGUAUCUUAAAAGAAGAUCUUAUUUAACCCUUUUGUGUUCUAGAUUUACUUACACAUGUAGCCUAGAGCUCAGUUUUAGUUUAACAUUGUGAAAAUAUUAAAAGAAUCUUGUAACUUUAUUCUUUUUCCUCAUGCUAAAAAAAAAAUUAAACCAAUCAGAUUAAAGUUUGAA